CCAGGCGAGGCGAGGGAGGCACGGUCAACUGGCGGGAGAGCAUGGGAGUCUGUGCGUCGCCCCGCCUCAGCUGGUUCACUUACUACACGCGGUCUCCAAUUCCUUUCGCUAUUCAAACCCGUGAUUCCUGCCUCAUAGUUGUGAAUAAUUGGUGUCAGUGUAAAUAUAAAUGAGUUUAAAGGAGAAACAACCGGAAUAUGUGACUUUUUCCUGUUUUUUCUCGCUAAAGUUGAUGUGAGAAGAGAAACUCAGUGCAAGGGGUGGUUGCUAAACAAGAGGGGAAUCUAUAUUAUCUCCAGUGCAUACAGUAAACAGUGAUGAUUGGUAUGAGCGGAAUACACGAACUACAAUGCGAAAAUGAAACUGAAUAUGUGACUGUUCAUUGUUUUCUGUCACUAAAGUUGCCUCAAGUGAAAAUGUUAUCCUAUGGAUCAAUGAAUGAACGGGAAUGAUUUCCUUUUACGUCUCCAGUGCACAGAGGCAACAAGAAUAAUAAUAACAACACGGAACACUGACCUAAAUUGUUUUAUAAGUCAAAUGAACCCAAAAAGUGAUAGUGAACAAGAACGAACAAUGUCAAGUCUUUCAUGCGUUUAGACAGAAAAAAAAAAUAUUAAAGAGAGAAAUACCGAUUAUGGGAUGUCUCUCUUUCACUAAAAUCGUCAGAAGUGAAUAUAUGUGACAACAGUGAACAAAAAGGAAACAUUUUGAGAACUUUCACGCAUCCAGACAGUAAAAAAAAAAAAAAAAAAAAAAUGAAAAUGAAAAUAAGUCCGAGAAACGCUGAAUGUGAAGUGUUCCUCUCUCACCAAAACCAACAGAAGUGAAUAUGUGGCAGCAAUGAACAAAAACGAAACAUUUUGAGAACUUUCACGCAUCCAGACAAUAAAAGAAUGAAAAUAACUCCGAGAAACGCUGAAUGUGAAGUGUUUCCCUCUCACCAAAACCAACAGAAGUGAAAGCCUGACCUCAGCAAAGAAUUAAAGGAUAAAAAUUGAUCCUUACAUAGCAGACUUACAUAACAAGCCAGAAAAACAACAGAAAUGGGAAAUCCAGUUCAGGUAGCCACCCAACACAUGAAGAUGACUGUCAAGGCUCAACACCAACCACAUUGAACUGUAAACGUCUUCACCACCACCACCAUCAUCACCACUGACAGAACGCGUGUGAUCGGGAUGGCCAGAGGAGGGAGAGACGCGGUGCAGAGGCGGCGGGCGGUUUUGCCUCUCCUAUGUUACCUCAUCACCUGGUUCUGUCUCCCUACCAAAGCCUCACAUCUCUCCCACCUUGCGAAUUUAGAGGAAUUUAGUCACCCACGGGAUGAAGAGACGCCGUCGCAGGAAGAUUAUUUACGGAAUGAACUGGAUGAGGCAACGCCAAGGGACACAAUAUGGAUGGAAGACAUGAAGCAAAGAGGCGGCCUUGAUAUUCCAGUACUGUCCAGUCAGGAGAAGACAGUGGGGGAAGGUUUACUUGACGAGGCUACACUAAAGGAAAACGGAACAACACUAGAAGUUAUAAGGGAAAGAAGAGAUUUGAAUGUCCCUCGUGUUGGCAGAGAAAAGAGAAAAGAAGAACGUUUUCUAGACGAGGUUACACUGAGAGAAAACGGGACAAUAUUGGAAGUUAUAAGGGAAGGAAGAGGUUUGAACGUCCCUCGUGUUGGCAGAGAAAAGACAGAAGAAGAACGUUUUCUAGACGAGGGUACACUGAGAGAAAACGGAACAACAUUACAAGUCAUGAAGAAGAGAAGACGGAAGACCGUAAGAGAACAUUUUGCAGAUGAGAUUAACAUAAAAAUAACAAGGGAAAGAAGAAGAAAAAACUCAAGAAAACGUUUUAUAGAUGGAAAUACAACAGAAACAAUCAACACCAGGCUAGUAGGAGCGAACGUGAGGAAGAGAAGGACGUCUGGCGCCACUCGAACACCCAGUAAGGAGGGGAACGACAAGAAGCAUUUGUAUAAGCCGGGACCCACGAGUUCAAGGCACGAGGUGGAGUGUCUGGUGAAGCCCUCCUGCUCCUCCCGAGAUAUCCCGCAGGACACUGAUAUAGGACACAUGUUCCCGUGUAUGUGUGACGACCAUUGCUACCUGUACGGGGACUGUUGCCACGACCACGUCCCCGUCAGCUACACAGCCCCUGCCAUACGCCCGGCCUGUAUGUUGCUGACCCCCAUUGCAGGCCGGCAUUACAGAUUUCACAGGUCUGUCUUCAUGGUGAAUUGGUGCCCUGAGGGAUCGGAGCCUAACCUCAAGGACCGGUGUGAGGGUGAAGGAUCUUCCAGUUACCUCGAGGACAUUCCGGUAUUCUCCAAGACAACCGGUAUCGGAUACGCCAACAUAUUCUGUGCUUUUUGCCACAACGACAUAGAAAUUUACAAGUAUGAGAUUUCUGUAUCAUGCCUUGGGACUGUGAACGUUACCAGUGAUCUUGAGAACAUGAUGUACCACUCCGGGGAGCUACGAUGGUCCCUUUUCAAUGACGUCUCUGAGAACACUAUUGAAUGUCUCCUGGAUGUCGCUUACCCGCCCUCUAUUGGCCGGUGGUGUCAGUCUGAGUUAGUCGACACGUGUCAUAAGAACUGGGCGAGUGAGGAGAACGUAACAAGAUGCUCUGCUUAUAAUUACUACGUGCAGUCAGAGAAUACAGUAUAUAAGAACAGGGAUUGCGCUCUUUGUAACGGCGUACCGCAUGACGAGAUUCAGUGCCUCUCGCUGUUUAAAAUAGGUUCUGGCCCUCCGUUUUAUAUGCCACCGUCCCUUCUAGAGUUAUUUGAGGUGCGAGGGAACUGCAAGGACAAUGAGGUGUGGGACGUGCUGUAUCGUCGCUGUGAAAAUGUCGCUUGUGGGUUUCUAUUCACUCUACAAGACGGGAAAUGCGAAAGAAGCAAUGCAACGAUAUCAGAUGACAGUCAGUCGUACCUCAACUCGUCCUGCUAUGUGUUGGAGUACGACCAGAAUGCCUUUACUACCUUCCCCAACGAGAGUAUCUAUUUGAAUGAGACACGGCACCUCUAUCGCUUCGGGGAAUAUGAGUUGAAUGGGUCGCUGAUCAGAGUUUGUGAUGAGAAGAAACGUUGGACCCCAUUCAUGCAUAUCCUAUCAUCUGUGCUUAUCAUUAUCUCUCUUGUGUGUUUAUUAGCUCAUAUGGCAAUCUUCCUCAUGCUCCCCGAAAGACGGAAUAUUCCAAGCAUGAACCUCUUCUCCAUGACUGUAUCCCUGUUCAUGGCGGAGUUUCUGUUCCUGACCUUCUUCCAGCUGAAGUUCAACCAUAUCACCUGCAUCGUGUCGGGUGUUCUCAUGUACUACUUCCUCAGCGUGUCCUUUCUGUGGAUGAAUGUGAUGAGUAUUGACAUCUUCAGAACGUUUUACUAUACCAGCAGUUACCGCACGAAAUCGCGGAAGAUCUUCACCCAGUACUCUCUCUACGCGUGGAUCUUGCCAUUAGGGGGCGUGACGUUGGCUCUGGUAGUGGAUGAAGUCUGGCCUGAUUACGUUAUAGCUCCUCACUUUGGCACGGACACUUGCUGGAUUAAUAACAAGUGGGGUCUGGUGACUUUCUUCACGUUUCCCUCCGGUAUGGUCAUUCUAGCUAACUUGAUUCUCUACAUGGUGUCUGUUCGUAAUAUCUACACCCAGAUUAAGAGUGGCGAGAUGGCGUCCUCCACUAUACGCAAGAGUGACGGGUCUAGCAAAUACAGCGGAGGGAAUUCAAAGACCUCAGUAGAUUCUUCAGGUAGGAGAGUCAGCCGAGGGUCGAUUUUCGAGUUACCAAACUGCAAAGAGAACCUACGAAGCAAAUUCUCCAUGGGCUCUUUAAGGAAGCAUCGAGGGAGACUGAUUCUGUACUGCAAACUCGCUCUGAUUAUGGGUAUGACUUGGAUCUUCGCCUUUAUAUCCAUUCACACUAAGAACAUUGUGUUUGAGUACUUCUUUAUCAUCACCAAUGGGCUGCAGGGAGCGUUUAUCUUCGUCGCCUUUGAUCUCAAGAAAAAAGUAUGGGAGGAAUUAUCAAUCAAGACCAGAUGCCUCAAGAAACAUGAGAACUACACUGUACGACGAAAAUCUAAGGCAUUCACGGCUUCAUUAGAGGGGGUUUACAAAUCUAGGCCCAACUCGCAGCGGUUCAAUGAAUUGGGCGCGCACUCUGCUUCUCUUGACGCGAGCAGGAGCCAACCCUCACACACCACAGCAGAGAUCGAGGUGUGAGGCUGGAAACUGAGGACGAUGAAUGAAAUGCGUUAGGUUUAGCAAGAUGGGAAGCUGAAGAUGGUGUCACGUAGCCAAGUUUCAAGCUGCGGGAUACCUAAUGCAAGGCUUUUUAAGUUUGCUGGUACUGAAUUAACUCUUGCUGCUACAGAGGUACUUGAUACGGAGUUACUUAAGUUUCAUGCUUCAGAGGUGCCUAGCAAAGAGCUAUUUGAGUUCGCUGCUACGGAAUUACUGAAGUUAUCGCUGUACAUUCACUACGGAGCUAUUUAAGUUUAUCUCUGCAAAGUUGUUUAAGUUUGCAGUUCUGGGUUCACUUAAGUCAGCCGAUUGAGAACUAGGGAAGGAGAAACAGAAAGAGGAGGAAGGAAAAAGAAUGAAUUAAUGAAUACGCUUAUUUCCGUAAUCUUGUAACAAAUGUAUGUUAGUGUUUGCGUGUAUGUAUGUACUAUGUAUGUACACUGUACCAGUCGUUGUGCUGAAGUAUCAUGUACGUUUCUGAGUACUGAGGUACGAAAUACAUGUCAUGAACUUUUAGUAUUAACGCUGUCGUACAUAAACGUCCCACAAUUGUACCAUGUACUACUUAUUGACUAAACGUAACGUGACGUCAAUCCUAUUACGUAUUCGUGUGCUUCUCAUGGUUGUAAUACGUUAAGUUACCGAUAUAUCGCUUAGGGUAACGUCAGAUCAGGUUUUCGCCUAUUGAAUGUAAUGUCUCAGAACAGUAUUAGAUAAUAACAUAGUCGUGUGUUCAACAAUUACAUGUACAAGAGAUGACGAUUUUCCUUUAUAAAACCUCCCCGUAAAA